GGUGUACUGGACAGAUUUUCCCAAAUUCAGCCUAAGCUCAUCUUCUCCGUUGAAGCUGUUAUAUACAAUGGCAAAGAACAUAACCACUUGGAAAAGCUGCUUAGUGUGGUAAAAGGGCUUCCAGAUCUAAAAUGAGUGGUGGUUAUUCCAUAUGUCUCCUCAAGAGAAACCAUAGAUAUUUCUAAGAUCCCAAACAGUGUAUUUUUAGAAGACUUCCUUGCUACUGGGAAAGGAGACCAGGCUCCCCAGCUGGAGUUUGAACAGCUGCCCUUCAGUCAUCCUCUCUUUAUCAUGUAUUCAUCAGGCACAACAGGGGCACCAAAAUGCAUGGUUCAUUCUGCAGGGGGUACGCUAAUACAGCAUCUGAAGGAACACAUUCUUCAUGGCAACAUGACCAGCAAUGACAUUAUUAUGUACUAUACAACGACUGGCUGGAUGAUGUGGAACUGGUUAGUGACUGCACUUGCUACAGGAGCUUCAGUGGUCCUGUACGAUGGAUCUCCUCUAAUUCCAUCACCAAAUGUGCUCUGGGACCUGACUGACAGACUAGGGAUCACCAUCCUUGGAACGGGUGCAAAGUGGCUGGCUGUGCUAGAAGAGAAAAAUUUAAAACCAUGUGAAACACACAAUCUCCAGACACUCCACACCAUACUGUCUACAGGAUCACCGCUCAAAUCUCAAAGCUAUGAGUAUGUCUACAAACACAUCAAAAGCAGUGUCCUCCUGGGAUCCAUUUCAGGAGGAACAGAUAUCAUUUCGUGUUUCAUGGGUCAGAAUGUUACAAUUCCAGUUCACAAAGGAGAAAUUCAGGCCAGAAAUCUUGGAAUGGCUGUAGAAGCAUGGAACGAUGAAGGAAAACCAGUUUGGGGUGAAAGUGGAGAGCUGGUAUGUACCAAGCCUAUUCCUUGUCAGCCUACGCACUUCUGGAAUGACGAGAAUGGAAACAAAUACAGGAAGGCUUAUUUCUCAAAAUUCCCAGGUGUUUGGGCCCAUGGUGAUUACUGCAAAAUUAAUCCCAAGACAGGAGGAAUCGUGAUGCUGGGUCGCAGUGAUGGUACAUUAAAUCCCAAUGGAGUAAGAUUUGGAAGUUCUGAAAUCUAUAACAUAGUUGAAGCCUUUGAGGAGGUUUCCGACAGCCUCUGUGUCCCUCAGUACAACAAGGACGGGGAGGAGAGGGUGAUACUUUUCCUGAAGAUGGCAUUAAACCAUGCGUUCAGCGAGCAUCUGGCCAAGAGGAUUCGAGAUGCGAUCCGUGUAGCGCUUUCUGCCAGGCAUGUUCCCAGCCUCAUUCUAGAAACCAAAGGCAUUCCGUAUACAAUAAAUGGGAAAAAAGUGGAAGUAGCUGUGAAGCAAAUAAUUGCAGGGAAAGAAGUGGAGCAGCGGGGAGCUUUCUCAAACCCAGAGACUUUGGACCUGUACCAAAAUAUUCCCGAGCUUCAGAACUUCUGAAGUCACUUGCUUGGUGUUUUUUGUUGCAUCUGUCUUUGUUCUGUGUUUGUUUUGUAUAUACCAAUACUGUAUGUAAAGAAAAAGCUCUAUUUAAUACCGGUGGUUCUUUUAAAAGAGAAAAUAUUUCAUUAAGUGCAUUAUGAAAGGCUUGGGUAAAGCUUUAGCUCCCUUUUAUUGGUUAAAUAUGCCAUAUGUCUUGGAGUUUUUUCCAGCCUGGAAGGAGGAACCUGCCUGUUUGAUUUUUAUAUAUAUUAGUGCAUCUUUUCUGGUUAGAUUUACAUCAGCAGCCCAUCAAAUGGGAGCA